UGCUUGUAUGUUUUUUUUCCCAUCUUGUGCUUAUGGCAUCCUUUUCAUGCCCCAAGAUUACCUUAGUGAUUGCCAAAUGGCUUUCAAAUCUGAUAGGAAAUUGAAUAUAUGAUCUCACUACAAGUUACAACUUCUUCAGAAUUUGUCACAACUUCUGAUCUGCCUAACUUUUGGUUAUUUUGCAUCUCAAGAGAAAAGCAAAUAACAAUAAUAGAGGGAGAGAAAAUUUGGAGAUGGAGAAGCCUCCAAAGAUACCCGAAUCAAUCCAACAUUUCAGCCAUGAACAUCUUCUUGAGCGUAGAUUACUGCCACCCAAUGAAGAAAACUGCAUCUGUUUUGGGUGCAAACUUGAAGUUUAUCCAGGGAAGCUAUGUUACAAGUGCAAAGUUUGUCCCUUUUAUCUUCAUCAGGUAUGUUACAACAUGCCUCAGAAGGUUCAGCAUCCUGUGGAUCCAAAUCCAAAUCAUUAUCUAACGCUUUACGCCUUACCUUUGUCUGAUAACGAGAAAUGCAUCAUCGAUUGUGAGGCGUGUCAACAAUCCAUUUCCAGCGGAUUCUACUAUAACUGUGCGACUUGCGCCACUUUCUACCACAUGUUGUGCUUGGCAACACCUUUAUCUGUUAAACUUCCAGUCCAUCCUCACAAACUUAACCUCGAAUUCUCUCCACCGUAUAAAUUCAAAUGCGAUUUGUGUCAUGAACCUAGUCACCAAGGUUGGCUAUACAGGUGCGGAUUAUGUGAAGUGGAUGUCCACAUCUCUUGUGCCAUUAUGGAUUCACAAAAUAAGUUUCAGUCACAUUUGAGCAACAAUAUCGUGAAAAGGGAUGGCGAUAGUAGGCGAUACGAGCUGAUGGAACUACUCUUGCUGGGAAUGAUGGAUACAACUCAGGAUCAACAACUUACGCCAUUGCCUGACAACAUUGCAACACCAAGUAUCCAGUUCAGCGAUGCAUGCUUCUCCAUAGAGAUUGAAAGAUCUUUUACAGGCGAAAACAGCGAAGCAGAUGUCCAUCACAACAAAUUAGUCCAAGACCAAUCUGUGGUGAACAAAGGAGCAGCUUCCCAGCAGGAUAAAAAACAGCAGGCUAAUCAUCAUUAUCACUAUACAAAAACUCCAUCUUUUAGCUCGUAUGUUGGACCGAAAGGCGAAGAGUUGGUAAUUUUACCUCCAGGGAUUGGUUCCGAAGUAUGGAAGGAAUUAGAGCAAACAAAGAAUGAGAUGAAUCAUCAUCCCAAAAAGGCAUCAAAAAAUCAGGCUGAAUCAUCAGACUCAGGCUGUUGGUGUUCAUGUUUGUAAAACUUAUCCUUCAGCAUUUUUUUUUGUGCCUUUUCCGUGUUGAAAAUUCACAGCAAAUACCUUAAAUUGAAAGAGAGAAGAAAGGGUAGCAUCAAAUUGUGUAAUCCUUUCCUUGUGUUGUAAAUUGUACUUAAAUUUAAUGUCAGCAAAGAUCCAAAAUGCAAUCUGAUGUAAAUUAAGCGGACUUACACAUGAACAAGCUCAAAAACUUGGAC